UCAAAAGUCUGGUCCCAGAAACAUCUCUGUCCCAAAAACAAAGCAAGAGAAAAAACUCAAAAAUGGGUUCAAAAUCAAAUCUUCAAAAUAAAUUUAUCUUGAAAACUAUUUUUUAAAAUAUUUAUUAAAGAAGUUUAUUUAUUUCGCAAGGAAAAAGGAAAAAAAAUAAAUUUAAAAGAAAAGUCUUUUUUUCCUCUCUUGAAAGUUGAACUGUGUGUCUGUGUGUGCUUCUUCUAUGGUGAAUGGUGCCACCACAGCCUAAAGUGGUCAUCACUGCUUCACCAACAACAUCAAUCUUCUUCUCUACCUAAAAACUAAAAUCAUCCCUUUUUUUUGGCUUUUCUUUUUUGCCUUCCUUUUUCAUCUUUAGGGUUUUGCUAAUUCUCUCUGUUUUAGUGUUUUUACUUUAUUGCCUCUUCCUUUCAUGUUAAUUCAAUAAGAGCAAGACUAUUGCUUUUUCUCUCUCUGUUUUCUCAAACACUUCUUUAUCACUUAAAACAUAGCUUUUGGAGGUCAAAUUGGAGUAAAAUUCAAGAUGGUUCAUGGGUUUUAACAGUUUUAAUUGGACUUUUUGGCUAUUACUGGAGAUAGCUUCUUGGAUCAAUGUGGGGAAAUUUUGUUGAUAGACUUUAUAUUUAGGGGCGUGGCUCUUAGCAUUUCGGAUCUUGGCGAGUGUUGUCAGGACGUCAUAUUGGUUUUGUAAUUUUAAAGAUGGAAGCAAUGAGACGAUGGUUUGGAAAAACUCGAUCCAAGGAUAAACCGAAGCCAUCAAAGAAGAAGGAAGUCUCGAGUAAUGCGAAAGAAGGGUCUAAAGCAAUUUCACCUGAGGAGGCACCAUCUAAUGCUACCAAGCAGAAGGUUGCAGCUGCUAAGCAGUAUAUAGAGAAGCAUUACAAGGAACAGAUGAGAAGUCUUCAGGAACGCCGGGAGCGGCGUCAUGUCCUUGAAAGGAAAUUGGCUGAUGCUGACGUCACUGAGGAAGAGCAAAAUAACAUUCUAAAAUACCUAGAGAAGAAGGAAACAGAAUAUAUGCGGCUUCAGAGGCACAAAAUGGGGGCUGAUGAUUUUGAGCCUUUGACUAUGAUAGGAAAGGGUGCUUUUGGGGAGGUUAGGAUUUGUAGAGAAAAGACCACCGGCCAUGUAUAUGCCAUGAAAAAACUUAAGAAAUCAGAAAUGCUUCGCAGAGGCCAGGUUGAACAUGUAAAAGCAGAAAGGAAUCUUCUUGCCGAAGUUGAUAGCAAUUGCAUUGUGAAACUGUACUGCUCGUUCCAAGAUGAAGAGUAUCUUUAUCUAAUUAUGGAAUAUUUACCUGGUGGAGAUAUGAUGACUUUGCUUAUGAGAAAGGAUACACUGACUGAAGAUGAGGCCCGGUUUUAUGUUGGGGAAACUGUUCUUGCAAUUGAGUCCAUUCACAAACACAAUUACAUUCAUAGGGAUAUCAAGCCUGAUAACUUACUUCUGGAUAGAAAUGGGCAUAUGAAAUUGUCAGAUUUUGGCUUAUGUAAGCCAUUAGAUUGCAGUAACCUUCAGGAAAAGGAUUUUUCUGUUGGCAAUAACUAUAGUGGUGCUCUCCAAAGUGAUGGGCGACCUGGACCACCAAAGCGAACUCAACAAGAACAGCUCUUGCACUGGCAAAGGAAUCGGCGGAUGCUUGCCUAUUCAACUGUUGGUACACCUGAUUAUAUAGCUCCUGAGGUUUUAUUGAAGAAGGGAUAUGGAAUGGAAUGCGACUGGUGGUCUCUUGGCGCUAUCAUGUAUGAGAUGCUUGUGGGAUUUCCUCCUUUCUAUUCCGAUGAACCAAUGGCCACUUGUAGGAAGAUAGUUAACUGGAGAACACAUCUAAAAUUUCCGGAAGAGGCAAGAUUAUCCCCGGAAGCAAAAGAUCUUAUUUGUAAACUCCUAUGUAAUGUGGAACAGCGACUUGGAACGAAAGGAGCUCACGAAAUAAAGGCUCACCCAUGGUUUAAAGGCCUUGAAUGGGAAAAGUUGUAUCAAAUGAAAGCAGCAUUCAUUCCAGAAGUUAAUGAUGAAUUAGAUACCCAAAAUUUUGAAAAGUUUGAAGAGACCGACAGUCAUGUCCCAACAUCAGCCAAAUCUGGUCCGUGGAGGAAGGUUAGUUCAUAAGCUUUCAAGCGCCUUAUUUGUUAUGACAUUGUAGUAUAUCAAGAGGGUAUUACAGUUGUUUUUAUGGUUUAUGAUUAUAUGAUUAAAGAGUGUAACUAAGAUUACCAACGUUAUUCAUUUCUGGCUGUUGUUUUGAGGGUGAUCAUCCAUUUAUAUGUUUGCCCUCUCUUCCAAAAUAAACAAAACUGCAUGUUCUGGUAUAGCAGUGCAGCUUUUAUUUAGAUAGUUUCAUUGCGAUUUUAUUUAGAAAACUGUGCAGCUUUAUGUACCUCGGGUCGCAAUGGAAAUGGACUGCCCCCCCAGACCCCAACUUGGUAGGGAAUAUACUGGGUAUGCUGUUGUUGUUGUUGUUCAUUGCGAUUUGAGCAAUGCAUGAAGCUGAACCUACACACGAGUGCUCUUCUUUAUUGGAUUUGCAAAUUGGAGAGUACUUAGCAAUAGGCUCAAAGGAAGUGUUUGCUUAACAAUAUCAGUUAUUGCAAUUGAAAAUUGGCUUAAAAGUACAGUUACAAACAUCCUAUAUCACUCAUGCAUGAGUUUGAAAUUCCUAGAACUGUGGACCUUUCUUUUUAGUUGAGAAUUAAGAUACACAUUUUUGGCUUGGUACGGGUCAUAUUUGCUAAUAAGACUUUCCAAGGUUAUCUGAUCUUCAUUUUGCUUAAACGCUGCUGGUGUAUUUGCGCUAACAACUUUCAAAAAAUAUCGAUCUCUGGUUUACAUAUCACUACUGAUUUGCAAGAUUGAUUGUUUUCUUUUCUUUAAAGUGGGGCCUGGGAAAUUCAAAAUAUUUAAUUAACACGUGUGUUAUAUUCUUUUGUAUCUAAUUGCCUUCUUUUGCUGCAGAUGCUCUCCUCUAAAGAUGUCAAUUUUAUGGGUUAUACAUACAAGAAUUUUGAAAUUGUCAAUGAGCACGAAGUUCCUGGAAUAGGUAUUCAUUUGCUCAUUCAUACUUUCAGUUUCAGGGUUUCGUAAGGCUUAGUUUUAAUGAAGUGGCAUUGGAAACUAAGGACGAAGUUCGAUUAGGCCGCUUCAUUUUGUUCAAGUUAACCUAUAUCAUUGAGCUUGUUUUCUUAUACGAUUUUAUUGUAAUGCGUUUCCUUUUUUUUCCAGCUGAAUUGAAGAAGAAGAGCACCAAGCCUAAGAGGCCAACUGUGAAAUCGCUUUUCAGUAUGCUUCUCUCCCUCCUCGCCUUUUAUUAUGAUAUUCAAUCUGUGUUUUCCUUCUCAUUGAUGCUACUAGGUUUGAUUGCUCAUAAUUGUAUACUCGAUUGUUGGACUUGGUGUGGUGAAGGAAAGUAGUAAACUGAAAUAACGCAGUAGAAAUAACAUUUUGUAUGAGUUUGAUAGAAAGCACCCCAAUCGGGACGCUAGAAAAGUAGCUGAGAAUGAAAGCCUACUUGAUUUGGCCCUUUUACAUUUUACUAGAAAGCACCCCACUCUGUCUCUUUCUGUUUUAGAAACUCUCAUUACAGUGGAUACAUGGUUUUCUGCAUUCUAAUUGAACUGUGAAACAAACACAAAAUCCAAAAUGUCGACAUUUUCUUAUCUUCUCAAUUUGGAUUUCCAGGUGAGGAAUCAGAUGCUUCUUCUAAUCAGUCUACUCAAGGAAGCUUCCUUAGUCUACUACCUCGACAUAUAGAAGUAUCGAAAGAAGGAGAACUUUGAAGAAGCUCCCAAACUAAUCUGUGCAUAACUUCACAUGACCCUAGCAAAUGAUGAUGAUGAACCAAGCAGCAUUAAUUUCUUCAUGAUAAAAUAGCCGGUGUUCCCUUUCUUUUCGUUUUGUAUGCCAUUUUUCGUGCAACCAAAGUGUAAGUAUGCGCAUGAUGAUUAAACCGAAGAUGCGUUUUGGCGGAUUGUUAAAAGUUAGUGUGUGGACUUCGGGGUUGGGUUGGCUCAGCAGCUUUUGAUCUUUGCAUCUAUUGUAAAUUAUGUCACCAGAAAAUGAUGUAUAUGCCCAAUUCAUUUUGUUUUUUAUCUGCUAGUGGAAAAUGUGCAGUCUUUCUGGACAAAACUGUAGAGUGUAGAGGCUGAUACCCAGUAACUUGUUACUGUAAUUAACUCAAAGAUUCAGUAACUGAAUUUCAGUUUAGUCAUAGUAAUACCAAUUUUAUUGUUGGCAAGUGUUUUUUUUCCCCUUUGGGUUAUUUUACCUUAUAGCCUCUCUUAUCAGUUUCGUAACUCUUUCUUUGUCACUCUAUCCGUUUUAGAAAAAUAAUUUAUCUUCUAAUUUAGAAUUUUUGGCCUUUCGCUGUUUGAUUUUUGGCCGGCUUGAUUUCUUUUUUUCAUUCUUUGUCUCACCACAAGAUAAAAUUACAAAAUUGAAGUAAAACACACACACAAACGGACCAAUACUAAUUCUCACGUAGAUGUUAUAUGUUCUUGGCAGAUGCAUAUAUACAUCUGAAGUCAACGUAUUGAGGGGAGAAAGUCAACGUCUGGAUAAUUGUGAAAAUCUGAAACUUAAAAUUGGGUAACACUCCAUAUAAAUAAAUUUCAGGGUACUGUUUCUAAAUCUGCAGAACUUGAG